UACUCUCUGGGUUUUGUGUCCUGUGUAUUCUUAUAUACUUCCUUCAUAAUAGCUCUUCUCUAUCAGUGGGAACAGAUGGAGAAUUUUUGCGUGUCUGUUAUUAGGGACAAAGCAGAGUAACAGAUGGUUUUAGUGUGGGGCAGUCCUGUGCGUAUCCCAAGGUGGGUUUCAUAACUUUUGGGGAGGCAUCUUUGUAGAAAUUAAUGGGUUGAUGACUAGUAGUUUAAGAUAUUCUGGAGUUUGCCAUUCAGGAGUUGUGGUAAAAGGAACUCAAUUCAUUGCCAGUAGUUUGAAGUAGGAGUGAGAUUAACUCUGGCUGGGGUCCUGGUGACUGCUUCAUCACAGACGUGUUAGAAGGGGACCUUGAGGGGUGCCUGGGUGGCUCAGUCGCUAAGUGUCUGCCUUCAACUCAGAAUGGGACCUUGAGUAGAUAGGGUUGUGAUGAAUGACGAUGAUGAAGGAGCUUUCUGGGUGUAGGAAGCUGUCAGGAGCAAGGCUGUGGGGAUGUGAAGAUUCUUUGGGAGCAAAUUUUUCUUGGUUUAGAAUGAAGUUUUUUUUUUUUUUUUUAAACAGGUGAUAGGGACAGAAGAGUAGAAAUGGCAACUGGGGCCACAUGAUGGAAGGGCUCUCAUCCCAGUGUAAUGAACUUGGGUUUUAUUUGUAGGCUUCCAGAGCGUCCAGCCCAGGGAAGCAGGUGACCAAAGAGAUGUCACAGAGAGAUCAGAGACCUGCACAGGAUUCGUGCUGGAGGAGCAGGACUGGGGUGGAGUUGGAUGCUGACAAAUAUGAGAAUGAUCCAGAAUUAGAAAAGAUCCGAAAAGAGAGAAACUACUGCUGGAUGGACAUAAUAACCAUUUGCAAGGAUAAACUGCCAAAUUACGAAGAAAAGAUUAAGGUGUUCUAUGAGGAGCACCUGCACCUGGAUGACGAGAUCCGCUACGUCCUGGACGGCAGCGGCUACUUCGACGUGCGGGACAAGGAGGACCGGUGGAUCCGCAUCUUCAUGGAGAAGGGGGACAUGAUAACGCUACCCGCGGGCAUCUACCACCGCUUCUCGCUGGACGAGCAGAACUACGUGAAGGCCAUGCGGCUGUUUGUGGGCGAACCUGUGUGGACGGCGUACAACCGGCCUGCUGACCACUUCGAGGCCCGGGGCCGGUACCUGGACUUUCUGGCUCAGACAGUGUAGUGGUGCUCAGGGGCCAGGCCGCCUUCGCCCUGGUGCUGAGUCCCAGCAGAGAGCCUGUCCUCCUCUUACGCCGUCGACGUGGGGCCGGUGAGCUUUCCUUGGCAGGACUCUCCAAUCAGUGUGUUUAACGAAGGGAGCUUCAUUAUUAAAGUGGUUUUUUAUGUGGCAGCGACUCUGGGAUGGUGGACAAGCCACGUUCAUUUCCCCUAAUUCAAGGUCAGCCUGAAUGAGGGUCCCCUCCCCCAGUGGGUGAGCCGGGGCUGCUCCGUCCGACCGGCUCUAGGACUGUAAGCAGAUGUCCGCCCGCGCGGUGCCUGCCUUGUGAGAGCGUGUCACAGGAGAGGACAGGACCGGCCAGAUAGACGACACCCGUCUCCCAAAUCCGGGCGGGCAGUGCUGUCGGGGCUGGCCUGUCUUGUGAGUGCAGGGACACUGGGAGCUGCUGAAGCCACUUUCUUGCUCAAAAUUCAGUAGCUGCCCUAAUCUUACACUCUUGGCUUGUGGUCCCUAAUCACCACGGUCGUGGUUGCUCCUGCGUGUAUGUGACAUGUUUCUAUUUUAUCUGCAUUAGCAUUUAUUCACAGAGAUUUUUGGGUUGAUUUGCCUGUUAACUCUUCUACAAGAAAAUUUUGACUUUAAUAGGAAAACUACUGCAUCAUCUUUUUCCUUGAUAAUUUUGAGAUACAGCUUUGCCUAAUUUGUUACAGUAAUAGAAAAAUCCCAAAUCAACUUCAUGUUUUGACGGGCAGAUUGUUUUAAGGAUUUUUUAAACUGAAUUAAAAAUCUUCGUAUUAAAA